ACAGUACAGCGCAGAGUACUGACAGACAGACACUUAACACAGGUCAGGGCACCUUGCGCGCACAACUGCUGUAUGUACGCGUAAUGGCGCGUUUGUGUCCUCUCACUUUAUCUUCAAGCGUCUCCAACAAACGCAGUUAAAGGAUUUGUUUGGACUGCGCGUCAGAGGGUCGCACAACAACAUCAGAACACCUGAGAUCUGAUGCUACCUGCCAUCACCAUGGAAACAGAGGCCAGUCACAUGCUCGAGGCGGCACUGGAGCAGAUGGACGACAUCAUUGCAGGUUCAAAAGCAGCAGCGAUGGAGUUCUCUAACAGCAUGUAUGACCUGGGUUCCCCCGUCAGCGCUGGACCGCUGCAGGUCCUUCAGUUAGCUGAGGACCUCAAACUUUCCUUGGAGCUUCAAUCCAGCCAGGAGGAGCGAAACAGCCUCCGAGCACAGCUGCCUGCAGAGACCGCACAGGCUCUUGUAGACUGGCUGCAGAGUGGAGCUGUGAACCUGUGUUCUCCAGCCAACAAUGAAACUUACCAAGAACGACUGCUUCGCCUAGAGGGAGACAAGGAGUCUCUGGUGCUACAGGUGAGCGUUCUGACCGACCAGGUGGAGGCCCAGGGAGAGAAGAUCAGAGACCUAGAAAGUUCUUUGGAGGAACACCGCCAGAAACUGGCCUCCACUGAAGAAAUGCUCCAACAGGAGCUGAUGAGCAGGACCUCGCUAGAAACUCAGAAGCUGGAUCUGAUGGAUGAGGUGUCCUUUCUCAAACUGAAGCUGGUCAGCAUGGAGGAGACGCAAACCAACUCACACCCGCAGGAUUCGACAGACACAAAGCAGAACAAAGCUGAGUGUGUGGUAAAUCUCAUCAGUGAGCUCCAGGAGCAGAUGUGCAGGUUUCAGGAGGAGAUCAGCACUCGCAUUCAGGAGAAACGGGCCCUGGAGGAGAAGGAGGCCCAGCAGGGGGAGCCAAGAGACGGCCAAGCCCAGGGCUACAGCCCUCAAGUUGGGUUGGUCGGCUUGGACCUGAGCCUGUCUGGCUCUGAUGCCCGGCAGCACAAUGGAGGAAAGACUGUUCACGAUUUGCAACAAGAAGUUAAGCAGCUGAAGAGCAAAGUGGAUGAGUUGGAGGGAGAGAAGAGCCAGUAUGAGAGGAAAUUAAGAGCCACCAAGGCAGAAAUCUCAGAGCUGCAGCAGCUCCUGGCCUCCAAAGACGCUGAGAUCGAGUGCCUACAGACCCAGCUGCUGGCCAGAGGCGGCAGCGCCAAUGACAACGCAGAGAGAGACCAGGAAUACCAGAGGUUAAAGGUGGGGAUGGAGUCUUUGUUGGCUUCAAAUGACGAAAAGGAUCGGCGUAUAGAGGAGCUUACCAUUCUGCUCAGCCAAUACAGAAAGAUGAGGGAGGUCAUGGCACUCACACAGGGAAGCAGCGAAGAGGAGCUGAGUGGCAGUUUAAAGCUCAAAGCCAUCACUCACAAAGCACACUCUGACAUCCUCAGAUCAGAGCUGUCAUCAAGAGGAUCGUCACCACAUAUGCUGUCCACAUCCCCGUAUCAGAGGGAUUUGGAUUCCAGUUUCCAGAACUCUGUGGAGACAUCGCUGGUGUCCGCUGCUGACCCAAGUUUGUUUAAUGGAUCAUGGCAUCGGCGCCGGUUGAUGUCCAGCAGUCUUGAGGAGUUGCAGAGUGGAUCUUUACAAAAGGCUGUAGAGAUCCAGCCACUUGAAACUGAAUCAGAUGUAGGGGCCGAGAAUCCCCACAUGGAGCUGAACAAGUACCAAACUCUGCCGGGAAAACUGAGUAAAAAGAACGAGCCGCGGGCCGAGCUGAACGGCGACAGAGACGACGAGUAUUUAUCUCCCGUCCAGCUCUCGCCUGUCCACGGCCACAGCCAGGACUACAGUCUGAAGCAUUCAGAGAAGCUGGAGGAGUGCUUUCCGUCAGACCAGUCCCCACUGUCCUCUGGAGUGGACUCUGGACAGCAGUCUCCUGUCUCACCAGAGAACAGAAAGGGUCACAGAGGAAUUAGGAAACUCUGGGGGAAGAUCCGUCGCAGUCAGUCGGGUAGUCCUGUCCAAGUUCAUGACCCAGAGCUAGGAGACUUCAAGAGGGGAGGAUUCAGAGCUACAGCUGGACCUCGAUUGGCCCAUUCAGGGAAAACACGAGAUCUGAAGACGCCAUUUUCUAAGUGGAACACAGAGCAGGUGUGUGACUGGAUUGAAGACAUUGGACUAGGUCAGUACAGCAUCCUUGCUCGCCAAUGGGUCACCAGUGGUCAGACUCUGCUAUCAGCCACGCCACAAGACCUAGAGAAGGAGAUGGCCAUGAAGAAUCCACUCCACAGAAAGAAGCUUCAGUUGUCCAUCAAGGCGAUCAGUAGCAAACAGCCUGAAAAAUCUGCAGAGCUUGAUUACCUCUGGGUUACCCGUUGGCUUGAUGAUAUUGGCCUUCCUCAGUACAAAGACCAAUUUAAUGAAGGAAGAGUGGAUGGGCAGAUGCUGCAGUAUCUCACUGUGAACGACUUAUUAUUCCUUAAAGUGACCAGCCAGCUGCACCACCUCAGCAUCAAGUGUGCCAUUCAUGUUCUCCAUGUCAACAAAUUCAAUCCCAACUGCCUCAAACGCAGGCCCGGCAAUGAGAGCCAGUUCACUCCCAGUGAGGUUGUCCAGUGGUCUAACCACCGAGUCAUGGAAUGGUUGAGGUCUGUGGACCUUGCAGAGUAUGCCCCAAACCUGAGGGGCAGCGGCGUGCAUGGAGGGCUGAUAAUGCUGGAGCCUCGGUUUAACUCUGAUAGCCUGGCCAUGCUGCUGAACAUCCCUCCUCAGAAAACUCUGCUGAGGCGCCACUUAACCACCAACUUCAACAACCUAGUAGGAUCACAGGCUCAGCAGGAGAAGAGGGAGUACACUGAGGCGACAGGAUACUCCCCACUCAGCAUCACCGCUAAAGUCAAGCCAAAGAAGUUGGGCUUCUCUAACUUGACUCACCUCAGGAGGAGACGGCCGGAUGAAUCUACAGACUAUGUCUGCCCCAUCGAGUCCUCCUCGCCUCAGUCGGGACAGUCUGCAGUGAACGGGGUGCAGAUGCGGCCCUACACAGGCUUCAGAGGCCUGAGCCCCAUCCUAGACCGAGAGCCCGACCGCUCCAGGGACCAGGUGGGGCUAGAAGACAGCAGAGCCGACCCAUCUCCAUGGCAACAACUGUAACACCAACAGCACGGAUGACUGUUGUCAUCCUGUCUAUUAGCCAUUCAGCUAUCUCUGCUACUACUCUGCUUCCUUUGCUUGCAGCCCAUAAUACCUCAGUCCAUCCCCUGACGUGCUUUUUUAAGCCCCGCCCAUCAGCCCGACCCUGUGCCUUACAUUUAGAGAUUGUUUCUCAGUCAGCUGCUUGUCACGCUGCAGGGAGUCCUGAGACGAGCACAAUUCAAGUAUUUUGAUUUCAGCUCCGGUCAGAUGCCUAACUAACCCAACCUCAGCCUCAAACCUGUGCCAUGACUCUAACUCAUCACCAGAGAACACAGCCUCUCUCUGGAUUCCUGUGACAUCACUUCCUGUAAUCCAUACAGCAUAUACAGACAUGUCUUCUUGUACAGUAUUAAGCCAACAUUUGUGCACCACCAGUAGAUUAUUUUUUAUGUGUGACCUUUGAUUUUUCUAGCCAGGUUGAAUGCAGUUCUGUUACAUGGUCGAGAUGAACUUGUGCAAUAUUUACAUAAAAUAAUGGAGGGAUUUUAUUUAUAUCAUUGCAGAGAAAAUCAUAAAAUAGCAUGUUUUGUUUGAAACUUGAGGUGGUGAUUUUUGUACCGUUAUUUUUCAUAUUUGACUGUAAUAGUAUUUUUAUAGCAAAGAAAGGAAGCUAACGUGUGGUUUAUCAAAUCAUUUAAUAAACAAAAUCCGAUAUGA